AUGACUAACAUGAUGGAUAAAAUUAUGGACGCUGAUCUAUUUUUCACGUUCCGCAACCACUUAAGGUAUCUAUUUCAUCGAUCUCCUCAAUCUUCUAAUGCUAUACAUUACGACGUGAAGAUGUUAAGAAUGAAAUUUGCCGCCAUUUUAUCUGAUUGCGGAAAUGAGGCAUCUAAAAUUCUCGCCUCCGACCUCAUCAAUGUAUGCAGCAACAAAAACAUCAAACAAUGUUUGAAGUUCUGCUGUCGCAGUUUGAAGGAUAAGGAUCUACUGCCAACAAACAAAAUCAACGCAAUGCAGCUAGUGGUAAUCAUUGCACUGUCGAACGACUACAAUGCAUAUUUAGUUGGACGCUCCAAUGUGCUCAACAUAAUAGCGAAGUUAGGUGACACACGGGACAACAGACUCCGCAGAUCCCUGUUUGGUGAGUGCGUCACCUCUCCCCAGCUCUACAAAUGCAUUAACUACGCCAAUGCGGUCAUAGAGACGCUUUCCCAAAUUGAAGUAUUUGACCUUACACUCCACGACCGCUUGCAGUUUGGUGUUAUGUCUCUAUUGUGUAAGUGUAACAAGCUGAGACUCCAUCAACUUGCCACUGGCUCGGUGCCGCUACACCAAGGAAAUAACACCAAAAAAGCGUCGGAUGCCACAUCGUACUCCAGCUCUGCCAGAGAUUCAAGCGAACGUAUAACAUCGAAAUCUAAUCGCACACGCAUUAAAUGGUUAGAAUUUCGCGUCUCUAGAAUUCAGGACGAGAUGGAAGAGCUCGGUGUCACCAAAGUACGCAAAUCGAUUAUGGCACAGCAACUUGAAACCACUCCUAACACAGAGAUGAGGCUGGUAGAACUGGUUAGCAACUUGUGCUACUUACGAGGGGAAAGUAGCAACCUCUUAAAUGAUACUAUCGAAGCCGGUGACAGUAGCAUGCAAGCUAACGUAAAUGCUUUGAUAGGUCAUAUCAGAUCAUUGGAAAUACAGUGCCGCAAUGGCUACAUGAAACAUGACGAUUAUGCGGAUACCAGCGCGCUGAACAUGACCUUUAAUAGUACCGGAAAAAACUACACUUGCGCAGAGGAUUUCUACACAAGCAUUGAUCGUUUAGACAUUCCAUAUAUGACUAACCUCAGGAAGGACGAUGAAAUGUCGGCAUAUUCUUUCAAAUCGGCUCUGACGAACGUACUAGACCACGACGAAAAAACUCUGCGGGAGAGUGUAAAAACGGACACGUCACCACCAACACCCCUUGUAAUAGGAAAACACGAAAAUCCCGACGCUAUGGGCGACGCCUAUUAUCUGGUGGACGGAUCGAAACUUUCCGGCGUAGAGAGUUCGCGAGUUGCUGUUCAUUUGGUGGAAAGCACUUCGACUAUUACUCCAAAUUUCGAGAUGCAAAAUACAAAGGUAGAUGCAAAGAAUACCACUGGACACCAAGCGCCACUUUCAACAGACAGCACCAAAAAUGUUUUGGGCACUGUUGUUCAACAAAUACCAAAGUGCAUGCCCGAUCCCGCGUCGUCACCCGUAGAGUCACACCGAAAGGACACGCCAAACACAUCAGAGAACUGUGAAGAUGGAAUAAUCAGCUUUGCAGCAUCACCGAAACCUACUGCGUCUUGCCAGUUCAGCAGAAAAGAUCUAGAUAUGCCGGUAGCGUCCUCAUAUGUGUUGCCCAAAAAUGGACAAAUAGAUACGUCCGGUAAAACAACUAAUAUCAUAAGUCCAGUCAAGAAGCGUGACUCUGGCGGUAAUCAGAGUGAAGAGGAGAGUGGAACUUUAGAGAAGAAAGAUAACACAGAAAAAAUUACUCAUGCAACACGCAACGUGACAACUGACCAUUCAGGGAGCGUCGUUACCACCACCAUUCAUGGCUCUUCAGCUCCGACCGAUGUUAAAAACUGUGGAGGUCCAUAUAUAUACGACUUCCCUCAUUCUAAACAUGCGCCGUUGAGUAGGGUAUUCAAUAUCGACGUCGUGAAUGAGGAGGUGGACGUAGAGGAUGACGCAGCCACGUAUAACGAUUCUUCACUACUUUCAAAUUACUCGAGUAUACGCCAAAUCGUUGCAUCCAGAGAUACUAAAAUAUACUGCGAUGGCGAUCUGCAAGUAUUUUUCAGGCAUAAUCUUGAAUCGGAUUGUAACGGAGAUGUGGUCGAUUGCUACCUCACUCUGACCAAUAUGAACGCAGAAACAAUUCAGCACGUUCAGUUCGAUUUUUUGAACUUCGAACAUUUCCCAUUACAUCUCUUAUUACUCCCGAUGGAUACUGAAGGCACCACGAUUUUGCCACGGGGUUCCAUGGCGAUUCACUUCAAACUGUACCCUCAGGCACCGUUCAUAGGCCUACCCAAGAUCGCAAUUCACACACGAAUUGGACAUAGAGAGGUGGAAAAAAGCUAUACUCUUUUCCUACCAGUACCAAUAUCGAGUUUCCUUGCGUCGGAGCGUUUCGUGGAUUUAGGGGAUGUUGAAGCGAUACAGAAGCAGUCGAAAUUUUAUUUUUUGGCAAGAAACACUGUAAACUUCGAAAAGGCUACUAAACUGGUCACCCUGGGUAACCAUCUUUCCAGUUUCAAGCUUGGUUGUGAUCCCAGUAGUCUCUACAUCAUGGCAUCCUUUUGUCAGCAUCCGUGCGAGGCUAUUCCUACCGAGGGUCCAAACAGAUUUCAGGUACUGAUGAAACUUGAAGCCACUGAGGAGGCGGAAUCUUUCACCAUGUAUGUUUAUUCCAACUCCGAGAGACUCGCAGGCGCUGUUGCUCAGCUGUAUCGAUACCUCUUUCACGACCAAGGGAACGAAAAAAUAAUCGCAAUGUGUGACACAAUAAGUGAUUCUAUAAAAUUUGUAUCGCUAAUUGAUGUGAAACCUGGUGCACGGCGCGUCGCCGUGAAGGGAGUGAUCGUCGAGCUUUUGGACGAUCCUCCGCAGAGCGCUACACAUAUACGAGACCACCGAUACUAUUAUCGCUUUGCAGACACAACGGCAUCCGUAGAACUCGCCGUUCCACACGGGGUACUGCAAGAUUUGGUGAGCAAGAAUUUCAACAGACUCAGCAUCGUGGCGGCACACAAAACCGAUUUCAUCGACCAGGUGCUUUUCCCCCCAGCUGAUUUACGGAGCAGUGCAUUUUGUGGCGACAGCCCGGGCUUCACUGUCAAGGAGUCAGGCGGCGUUACGAUGAAUUUCGUGCGCGGGGAGCCGCGCAACAUUGGUUCCGAAUUUGCAGAGGAUUCUGAUUGGAGCGGCUGGAGCGAGGACGAAAAUGAGGAAUCCCUCAAGUGGUUGUUGCAACCCGGCGACGUCAUAGGUGUCUACGCAUCCACCGCGUGGUCACACGGCCACAUGGUACUUGUACCUAUAGCAGGGAAAAAAGAGACCCUUUUAAAGCUUGGUAGGCUUGACACAAACUUCAAACUGGAGCCUGACAUCAGCAGGCAGUAUACGUCGUCAAGGGACUGA